AUGGCGGUCUCGGCGGGCGCCAAAAAGGCAGGGACCGAGGCGCUGCGGGCCGCUGGUGCGGACGUCUCAGACGACGAGGUCGCGGGGCUCGUCCUGAAGGUGCGAUCGACGUUGAACGCGGGGCGGGCCCCCCGCUCGAAGCUGGACGAGGCGCGACGGCUGGAGGCAGCGCUGGACCCGGUGGCCGUCCGCCUGGCUUUGGGGAACCCUGAGGUCCCGGGCUCCGAGAUGGCCGAGGCCCUCUGGGGGUUCACAGAGGCCGCCACGUUCUCCACUCAGGCGGAGAGUCGGAUUCGACGAGUAGCCGCCGACACCGAUGGCUGGGAGAAGGUCGCGGACCGGAUCUGGGCCCGAGCCGUCGGCGAGGACGGGGACACGCUGCCCGCCGACUGGGUGCUGCACCUGGGCAUCGGUCUCUUCCUGUCCAGCCUGGUGGUGGUGCUGUGGGCCGACUCCGGGCGGCACCGCCUGGCGGGCGCGGCAGUGGGGCUGUGCGGGACCUCCCUGCUCGUGCGGCGCGUGCCCGAGCGUGUGACCGCCUGGUGGACGCGCUGGGGGCGGCGCUCGGCCUUCGCCGCGGCGCUCAGCAGCGGCGGGGACGGCCUGGACCUCGCUGCCGCCGAGGACGACGGCGCGGCCUGGGGCGCUCCGGGGGCCCCGACGCCCAAGGGGAGCUGCGCGGCGACCGCGGAGGCACCUACGGGCCCGCUUCCCCCGCCUGGGCUCGCGGCGCUGCCGCCGCCGCCUUGGGCCCCACCUGCCGAGGGCGCGGGCGCGGCUGCCGCGACGGCGAAGCCCGGCUCGCAGGACCUGGCGGCGCUGCGGGCUUUCGCCCAGGGGAGCGAGGUGCCAGGCCCCUUCAGCCAGACGGCGGCCCUGCAGCAGCAGCAGCAGCAGCAGCCGCAGCCGCCGCCGGAGGGGGCCGUGCCAGCGGCUGGGCUCAGCUUCCACGCGCCUCACGCUCCUGCCGAUGCUGUGAAGCUAGGGCGAGAGGUGCAGAUGGUGCUGGCCACGCUCCGCGAGUUCCAGGCGCAGGCUGCCACGAACGUUUACUGGGCCUGGCACUUCUGGGAGAGAAUCGCGGCCGUGGACGGUAACCUGGGGCUGCACCCUGACCUGCGACGAGUGCUGCAGACCCACGGCUACGUGGGCGCGGGGACGAAGUCCCCGCCAGGAGGGUCGCUGCCGCAGGAGCUGGACGCGCUGCUCUCCUCCGCCACGGCGCCGCACGGCGCGGGCAUGGAGGCCUCCCCCGGUUGGGCCGUGGCCCCGCAGACCCAGCAGCAGCAAGAGGACAGCCGCUGGAACCUGAGCCCCCCGCCGGAUCUGAGGCGCGCGGCGCCGGAGAUCUACCGCGCCAUGCGGGGGGCGGGGGCGGCCAGCGCACGCGACUGGCUGUCGCAGGAGGUGACGGGCCAGCGGCGCACGCCGGUCUGGGCCGAUCUGUGGACCGCCGCCACCAACGUGGACUACUUGCUGGGCGGGUGUAAGACUCAGUCCGAGCUGCUCACCCGCCUGGCGUCCGACGACGCGCUGGAGCUGCACUUGAGGCGGCUGGCGAGCUGCGUCUACGAGAUGCGGACGAAGGGCAAGGUGGGGGCGGCGGCAAUGUUGGCUGUUCGCCCGCCCGGGUCGGCCGCCGACUUGGCCCCCACCUGGCUGGUGACCGAGGCCACGACCCACAGCAAGGCUGAGCACCAGCGCGACGAGAGGGUCCACCCUAGAAUGCCAGUGGCGGGUUUGCCUGGCUCGCUGACGCGGGCCCUGCAGUGGAAGGAGGCCGAGCUCAUGAAUGGGAUGGACCGCGGAUCCCUGGAGGCGAGACCAGCGGGCCAGCGCGAGUCGAGCGACGACGAGAUGAUGCUGGCCUGGCAGCUCGUGCAGCAGUACGCGCUACAGGACGCGGCGCGGUACGAGCGCGACUGCCGGGGGCUUGCCCCGACAGGCGGUCAAGGGGCGGAUCUUGCCUGCGACAGAGGACCGCAGGACGCCUACACUGGAGAGCGCAAGGGCGUGAGCAGGCACGUGGCGAUGUGCGCAGCGGCGGACGGGGGGCUGGAGGAUGGCGACUGCGUGGAUGCCGGACCUGAGGGCGCUCAACAGCAUCGCUACGACGACGACUGGCUCGGGCAGCAGUCCAGCUGCCGCGCCGCGCCGCCUAGCCCGGCGGGCUACAGCGUGGCAGAGUGGAUAGAGGCCGUGAAGCGGGCGAAGAGAGCGGACGAGCGGGUGAUGGUGGUGAUGCAUCUCUUCGCUGGCCGUCGGCGGCGUGGUGACGUUCAGGAGGUGGUAGAGAGGCUGGCGAAGGAGCGGAACUUGAGGGUGAUCUUCCUUUCCGCCGAUCUCCUGGACGACCCGCGGUGGGACCUGGCCAACCCCUCCACUUUCUCCGCCUUGAUGGAGUUGUGCGAGGGCGGCUGGGUGGACAUCGUGCUGGGCGGCCCGCCCUGUUCGACCUGGUCGCGGGCGCGCUACAAUCGUCGCCGACCUGGCCCGCCACCGGUGCGCUCGCGGCUGUGCCCCCGGGGUCUGCCAGGUCUCAAGGCCUGGGAGGCCGCGAGAGUCGCGGAGAGUAACACCCUGACGCUGAACUUGUUGGCGCUCUGCGAGGCGCGCGGCCAGAGUGGCGGCGCCUUCCUCAUCGAGCACCCGGAGGACCCAGGGCACGCGCCCUACCCAUCCAUCUGGAACACGAAUGAGAUGCUGGACUUCGAGACGAGGCGUUCGUCUCGGAGAGCGUGCUUGGACCAGUGCAUGCUGGGCGGGCGGACGAAGAAGCCCACGUGCCUGAGCGGCACGCUGCAGGGGCUGGAGGACCUGAAUGAGCUGCGGUGCGACGGGUCCCACGUCCACGAGUCGGCCGAGGGCAAGUUGGCCGACGGCACCUUCCGCGCGAGCCCGCUGGCCCAGUACCCCGAGGGGAUGUGCGAGUCGCUGGGCAUCCUGAUUGUCCGGACCUUGGCCAUCUUCGAGCAGACCGGCUUGGGCGGCACCGGGUGGCGAAGGCCGCCAGAGGCCGACAGGGCGGUCACAGCAUGGGGCUCGCGGAGCACUGCGGCACCAGCGGUGGCCGUGCGGAACGAGGACGUGCUUCGCGGCCGCGGGCUGGUGCUGGACGGGCCGCAGAUGGCCUUCUACCUGCACGUCGACGACGGCGCGGUGAUGGCAGGGGGCAGCGGCUGCGGCCCACGGGCCACUGGGAAGAUGCACCAGCUGGCGGACGCCCUGGCCGAGGCCGGCUUCGUGGUCACCGACCGCACGGAGGCCAGCGACAUGCAGAAGGUGCUGGGCUACGCACCACAGGCGCGUCCAGCGCAGCUGCGCUUGCCUCCGAAGAGGGCUCGGGAGCUGGUGCAGCAGCUGGAGGCGAUGGGCGCCGCCCGCACCCUCCACACCGAGGAGCUGCGCUCGCUCUUGGGGGUGUGGAUCUGGGGCGCACUGCUGCGACGCGAGCUGCUCUGCAUACCCAGCGCCGUCUUCAGACUCCUGGAGAGGUACCCGCACCAGCGGGUGAGCACCUGGGCGACCGUCCGCAGGGAGCUGCGGGCCAUGGCUAGGGUCGUCCCGUUGAUGUACGCUGACCUGGGAGCCCCGCCAGCGCCCGUGUAUUUCGCGGCGGACGCCAUGGGCGCCAACGUGGAGGACGACGGCGGCUGGGGGAUCCUGGUGACCGACAUGAGCGAGGACAUCGCGAAGGACUUCAUCGACACGGGCGGCAACUUGGGCUACACCGUGGCGAGGCUGGACGGCGAGCUCACUGGACUGCGGCGCCCCGAGCAGGUCAUCAGACGGACGAAGCCCUUCAGCCUCCUGCCCGAUCGCGUAUUCAAGCCCGACGAGGACUGGACGAUCGUAGGGGCGGGCAGGUGGCGGUCGGCCGACCACAUCACGCUGGGCGAGGGGCGCUGCGUCGUGAAGAUCAGCAGGCUGGCGGCCGCCACUCCUGCCCUUCACCGCACCGUGCUGCCGAUCCUGGAGGACAACCAGCCCGUCUCAGGUGCGGUGAGCAAGGGCAGGUCCCCGGCGCACCUUUUGAACCACCUGUUGCGUCAGAAGACCGCAGCAGGAAUGGCAUCUCGCACAAAGAUUUUGAUUCCAUGGGUGGAGACGCUCAGGCGGCCUGCUGAUAAGAUAUCGAGGUGCCUGACUCGUGCUGAGCUCCGCGGCCUACCUCAUGUCGGGGCCGAGGAAGCUGGACAGCACUUCUGUUGA